GCAGUAAUUACAAGCUCAGCGGAGGAGGCAAGGCUUAAAGCUACAAGGAGUUUCAACCACCCUGUUUCCUGUGAGGUUUGGUCCCCUCCGAGACUGGGGGCAGGAGUGCUCUGUUGAAGUCACGACCGCGUCUACCGUGCAGAAAUUAGUCAUAUCUGCUGUCACUUUGUAUUCAAAAACCGCACGCUUUUCCAGUGGCAUCACUUCUGUUUUAAAAGGAAAAAAAUGGAGAACUGAAUCACGUGUGCGCCAGGUUUUUUCCCCACGCAGACAGCAGUGAAGAAGAGUAUGUAAGAAUCUCUUCUCUUACAGCAGCUGUAGUAGGAGAGUUCUGGGCGACGUGACUGUCCGCCUCUUACCCUACUAGGGUUGGACUACAUGGAACGCUGGUGAUUAGGCUGUUACUCACACUUGUCAUUAUGUUGGCAGAAGGCAUCUUAAGUAGACUCAUAUAUAAGGAAAGCUGUCAUCAAGAUAAGCCUCGCAAAUCUCAUGCAUCCAAAAAGGAUAAAGAGGGAAUCUGGAGACAGAAACUUGUAGACAACCCAAAAAUUAAAGGCUUUGCUGACGGACGUGAGAAGCGGGAUGAGAUCUCUGCUAAAAGCAGCAAAAUGGAGCACCGGAGCGGUCCUCAGUGGAGAUCCGUAAAAGAGGUACCUGCAGAAGAUCAGAAAAUGCUUGUUAAAGGAACCGUAUCACCAGCUUUACGUAUCCCCAAAAGAGAACAAAAUACUGAACAGAUGGAUUUGUAUAGCUCCUGGUCAUGCAACAGCAUUUAUCAAAACUACCCUGACCUGCAUAUUGGGGGAGACCGCGUGGGGGACCAUACGUGUGAUUCGGGUUGUGUUUUGGACCAUGUGUGUGAUGAACUUCCCAAUGGCCCUGUUUUACUGUCCAUAGAUAUUCCUCUAGGCCAGUCCCCUCUAUGUGAGCAUCCCGAAAAGCCAACUAUAAAGUCCCUGUCUGGAGAUGAAGCUGGAGAAGGGAGUAUCGUGCUCUGUGAGGAGCCUCUUUCAAACUCCACGCUCAACAAGUACAUGGAAACAAAAGUGGCAGAGCUCUACAAACAGUUUUUUGAAGAAAACUUGACCAGGUGUGGUUCUGUAACAAACCUCCUCACUUGCAGUUUGAUAAGGAAUAACCUGAAUCAGAUAAGCUUUCAGGUAUCCCAGGAGCAGAAUAUAGAAACAUCAAAAGCCAGAGAAGUGCUCUUGCACUCUUUAGCUUUGUUUAGUUUGCGUAACACUACCAACAGAAAUAGCUCUGAAUUUAGUACGCCAAACUUACAAAUCUCAAACCCGACCUGCGUGAAAAAGAGCGGAAGGAUGCGGUUUACAUCAUGACUGAUCUGCUUAGCUGAAGAGAUGAAUACGAUUCAGAUACGAAUAUUUAGCUCUAAGGAUUAGGCUGGGAAAUGAAGACAUUCACGCACUACAGACUUUUUCAGAUGAAUACUUUAACACUUAAACUGUACUUUGUCUUUGUUAGCAGAGGAAGUAAAGGUCACUGCUUUCUUGUUCCUAAUACAGAGUUUGAAAUUAAUUUCUCUCUAAAAUGCUAGCCAACUGAAUUUUUAUAAUGUAUAUGUCCUCCUCCUAAGACUCUGGCUGUAUGAGUAACUGUACUCGUGUACCAUCAGAUUUACUCCUGCAAGAAAGAUCAGUUGAGAUGUGUGCUGGUAAAACGUCGAUCUAAGGGACCGAUCCAGCCAGUAAGUAAGAGUCAAGCUGUCUUUGCUGGGCUUCGGAUUGGGCUGUAUAGUUGAAGCCCAAGCUUUCGACAUCCACAUUCAAAUUUUGCUCCUGCAAAGCUUGGUCACAGUGGCUGAGAAAAUACUUCGUUGGUUUGAAAAUCUGGUCAGCAGAUGGAGAUGUUCAGGACUCUGGAUUAUUUUGUAUAUAUUAUCAUACAUAGGAAAUGCAUCAACCUGAAACAUGAAUGAAGAUGCUGAUAUUAUUGCACGUGUACUUUUGUACUGCAUAGGUGGAGUAUGUUACAACGAAAAUCUGGGUGAAAUAGUUGAUCAAGAUUGUAAAAGUAUUUCAUUUUCUGUAAAAAAUGUUUUCCUUUUAAAUAAAUCCUUAGGUCUUCGA